AUGGCCUCAGACCUGAACCGAAGCAAUCUGGGUUUGGACCCACAGAAAAGGUCGGGCGGAACACGUGGGGCCGCGGGCCCCCGUUUCCCCGUUAAAAAGCCCAUGGACUAUUACGGACGCCCAUUUAGGGCCACGUGCCCGCGGGCUGGGCCGGGUUAUAUUCGUUUUCGGGUUUUGGCAGGCUUCAUACUUGACAGGGACGAGGAAUCGGUGCAGCUCGCGGUCGGCAGCCAAAGUAAACGAGGCAGUGGGCAACGUAGUGGGCAACGUAGUGGGCAAAGUGUACUGCUUGUGUUUGACGACAAGGAGGAGGUGGCCGACCCAGUCAUCAACAGAAUGACAGACGUGGACGAGAUCAUUGUCUGGCUGGUAGACGAUGUCAUUGAGCUCGAUAUCUAG